AUGGAAAAACAAUUGGGUGUCGGUGUCUCCAACCCUAAAGCACUUGUUUUGCCUGGUGGUCGAGCUCAACAACAAACAGCAGAAUUGGGAACUUUUUGGGAAAGUAGAAAAAUUGGUCCAGGCGAAGGGAAUUGGCCUACCCCUUCUCCACACCCCCUCAACUACACAAGUUCUCCAAAAAUUCAAACACCAAUAACCGCCCCUUACCGUGCUAAAAAAUAUGAUGAUUUGUGUUGGGAAACGUUAUUGGGGCAGGAAGUGGCAAAAAUUGUUACAACGGUUAGAUUUUGAUAAAGUAAAGCUUGUGUUGGGUCACGGUGGGGUUAAUGUUGUUGGAGAGGUUGCGUGUGAUGAUAAGGGUCCCAAGAAGCGCCGUUUCGUCUUUUACCGAAUUUUUGACUUUUUUGGUGUUUCGUCUUUCGCCUUUAGUCCUUCGCUUUUUAAA